CGCUUGCUGGGUUCGGGGGCAGGACUUCUGGUCGUGUCCGUGGAUUAGUACCGGGGAACAGAGGGAAGCACAGGCCGUAUUUACGAGCAAGGCCGUCGUUUUAGAUUUUGCGUGCAGUGAAAAUGCUCCAUUGCGUCCAGUGGAUGUUGUAUCUGUCGGUUCUGGUGGCGUUCGCCGCCUGCGACGCGCCCCCGGUACCGUUAGAUGACAUCCUCAUUGAGAAAACUUUCGUGCCAGAGCAGUGCGUGCGCGCAGUCAAAGUGGGAGACUACGUCAGGUAUCACUACAACGGGAUGUUUCCGGACGGUAAGAAGUUCGACUCCAGUUACGAUCGCGGCAGCACCUACAACGUCUUUGUUGGUAAGAAGCAGCUGAUUGAAGGCAUGGAUAAAGCUCUGGUGGGGAUGUGUGUCAAUGAAAGAAGAUUAGUCAAGAUCCCACCACAGCUUGCCUACGGAAAACAGGGAUAUGGUAACGUCAUUCCUCCUGACUCCAUUCUCCAUUUUGACGUUCUGCUCCUCGAUGUGUGGAACCCAGAGGAUGGCGUUCAGAUCAACACCUACUACACUCCGCCCAUCUGCUCCAGAAAGGUGGAGGUGUCUGACUUUGUGCGCUAUCACUACAAUGGGACGCUGCUGGAUGGGACGUUGUUUGAUUCCAGCCACACUCGUAUGCGUACCUAUGACACGUACGUGGGGAUCGGCUGGCUGAUUGCUGGUAUGGACCAGGGUCUUCUGGGAAUGUGCACUGGAGAGAGACGCAUUAUAACCAUGCCGCCUUCACUUGGAUACGGAGAAAACGGGGAUGGCAGUGACAUCCCCGGACAGGCGUCUCUGGUGUUUGACGUGGUGCUGCUGGACUUCCACAACCCCAGGGACGGCAUCACAGUGACUAAUCAGGUGGUUCCAGAAUCCUGCAUGAGGAAGACGGUUGCUGGAGACUUCCUGCGUUAUCACUAUAAUGGCUCGCUCCUCGAUGGAACAUUUUUUGAUUCCAGUUACUCUCGUAAUCAUACCUACGACACCUAUGUGGGUCGGGGCUACGUGAUCCCUGGCAUGGACGAGGGGCUGAUCGGCGUGUGCGUCGGGGAGAGACGCACGAUCAUCAUCCCCCCACAUCUCGCCUACGGGGAGGAGGGCACAGGCACGAAGAUCCCUGGCUCAGCUGUGCUAGUGUUCGAUAUUCAUAUGAUCGACUUCCACAACCCUUUGGACAGCACCGAGGUCACGGUCACGUUCAAGCCAGAAGUGUGCGAUAAGCUCACCAAGAAAGGAGACUUUGUUAAAUAUCACUAUAACGCGUCUCUGAUGGAUGGCACGGACAUCGACUCAACAUAUAAUUAUGCCAAGACGUACAACAUUGUUCUGGGAGCCAACCAAGUUAUCCCAGGAAUGGAGGAUGGACUGAAGGACAUGUGUGUAGGAGAGAAGAGACACCUUAUUAUUCCUCCUCACCUGGGCUAUGGGGAGAGAGGAGUCACUGGUGAAGUUCCUGGGAGUGCAGUGUUGGUGUUUGACAUUGAGCUGAUAGACUUUGAAGAGGGGCUUCCUGAAGGCUACAUGUUCAUCUGGAAUGAGGAUGUGUCACCUGACCUCUUUUCUGAGAUGGACAUAGAUAAAAACGAGCAGGUGGAACCUUCUGAGUUUACUGACUACAUCAUGCGUCAGGUGAAUGAGGGUAAAGGACGCCUGGCCCCCGGGUUCGAUCCCUAUCGCAUCAUUGACAACAUGUUCUCCAACCAGGACCGUAAUGCAGAUGGGAAGAUCUCGGCACAAGAGUUUAAACUUAAAGCAGACGAAGCCGCCGCUCACGAUGAGCUAUGACGGGUGUGGGUGUAGGACUCAGGUCAGGGUUUGGGCUGAGGAGGGAGACAAUGAAGAAAAUUGGGACAUAGAUGAGCAGUAAAUUAGAAGACGAGGUUGUAUGUGCACCGUAACGGUGAUUACGUGCAGUGAUAAAUGUGCUGAGUUGGAAGACUGAUAUUUUGCCCUUCAGGGAAAUAAUGAGUGAGGUUAGAUUUAGGAAGGAGAGGAAGUUAUUUUUCAGGUGUAAUCACAGUGAUGAACUUCUUUACCUCUUCUCACAUCAGGUUCUCAAACUUAUUCUUCAUGUGUUUUAUUUUGAAGGGUACAAAAGCACUAUUAAGCGAGGACAAAAAACAAACAAAAAAACCCAACCUCAGUUAAAAUUGCUGCGUUCAACACUCUAGUUCUUCUCCAUUUUUAUUGUUGUCAACAUUUCUUUUGUGUGUGUGUGAAGCUUUAAUUGUGAGCAUCGGUUUGUGUCUGAAAUCUGCAGAAUUUAUAGUUUGAGAAAGCUAGCAUUUGUUUGUUUAGAAGCAUUCAGGGUCAUUUUAAAGAAUUCAUAUUGCACACCUUUUCUGUGAGCUAAUAUAAGUCAACACGUGCCUUAAAAACGUAUGCUAAAGUGCUGUGACAUAUGUCACAGAAGUGUAAAAUUAGCUGUUGAAAUUUUGUAGCAGAAUGUCUUCAUGCAAAGUCAGAACACCAGCUGUACAUUUAACUGCAAUGGGUAUAUAAAAAAAAUGUGCAUGACCAUCUAAAUGAUGGUAACAUUUUGCGUUUCUUUAGUUUAUACCUGAACCCUCCUCCUCUUUGCUGUUUGGCGUCAGCCACUUUCCACGUGACACUGAAAACUCCAAACUCCUGAAAUGUUUGCUGUGAUUUCUUGUUUUUUUAAUCACUUCUGAUUAGCUCAUUGUUCAUUUUUGUCUCCAUCAAAAUGCCCAACGUGUGUGUCGUGUGCGUGUAUGAGAGCGAGAGCCAGAGAGAAACUCCACACAAAGUUUAUUGUAAUAAAAAAGAAAACCU